ACGGCAGCACGUUGCGUCGCGUCCACUGGCAGUGCUUUUACUUUGAAAGCUCUGGAAGGAAGCGCAUGUGUGUCGUUGACUGGUCCUGCUCAGCCUCUUCUGCUCGUCGCCAUGGUGCUGAUGAUGGAGUCGCAGUGCGAGUACUUCAUGUAUUUCCCAGCGGUGCCCAUCACGGACCUGUCGGACCCGGCGCGCUACCGAACUCUGCCGCGCAGGAGCCACCUCUACCUUGGGGAGACCGUCCGCUUCCUCCUGGUGCUGCGCUGCAGAGACUCCGAGGCGACGCCGACCGAGCCCGGCCACGGCAGAGACAGCUUCGCCGCUGCCUUUGGGACAGAGUCUGCCAGUCGCCGUGCAUGGAGAGACCUGGCCGGCUCCCUGUGCGCCGUGGCCAGCGUCAGCCCAGGAGACAGCGGCCGCCAUCGAGCUAAUCACCAUGACUACCAGAGCAGCGGGGACGAGGCCAACGACGACGGCGAGGACGACUACAUGGCAGCGGCCGAGGCGGCCAUCGCGGCGCUCGGCAGCAGGGUGGACUCGCGCUGCCGCAGCUUCAGGGACUGUAAACCGCUGCUCAUCCACAACUCAUCUGGCACAGCCAGCAGGGAGUUCCGCAGGGCACCCGUACAGUCUCCACUGGAUGAGCCGGUGGUUUUGACAGAUGAAGUGAUCUUCCCCCUCACGGUGUCCUUAGACAAACUCCCUGUCAGCACCCUGAAGGUCAAGGUGAUGGUGACCGUUUGGAAGAAGGAGGCAGAAAAAGCCGAGGUGCAAGAGCUGGGCUACUUGAGUGUCCUGCAGCAGCGAGAACCGUCACACACCUUCAGACAUGACCUGAACACCUUCAAGGCUCAGGUGAGCACCACCCUGACUGUCCUGCCGCCUCCAACCAUCCGCUGUAAGCAGAUGACUGUCUCUGGGAGGCAGCUCGCCGUCCUCAAAGUGCUCAAUGAGUCUUCUCAGGAGGAUGUGAGCAUCAGGGAUGUUCGGAUUUUACCAAACCUCAACGCCUCCUACCUUCCCAUGAUGCCAGACGGUUCGGUGCUGCUGGUGGACAACGUCUGCCAUCACGCCGGCGAGGUCGGCAUGGCAUCGUUCUGCAGGGUGGACAGCCUCGCCUGUCGUCUUCCCAGCAUGCUCAGUGCCCUAGAGGAGCAUGACUUCCUUUUCCAGCUGCAUCUGAAUGACAUGCCGCAGGAGGACUCCAGUGAGGGGCUGGAGGUUCCUCUAGUUGCUGUUCUGCAGUGGUCAACUCCCAAGAUGCCUUUCACCAACUGUAUCUACACCCACUACAGGUUGCCCAGCGUCCGCCUCGAUCAGCCGCGGUUCGUGAUGACAGCGAGCUGCCCUCGCACAGUCAGAGUAAAGGAACACUUCAAGGUCAGAUAUGUUCUCCUCAACAACCUGCAGGACUUCCUGGCUGUACGCCUGGUGUGGACUCCGGAGGGUCGCGCUCAGGGCGAGGACACGGCCCUGGCGGCUGUCGUUUGUCACACCCCCCUCAGUAACCUGGGCCACUGUCGGAAAGGAAGCACCCUGACGUUCAGCGUUGCGUUCCAGAUCCUGCGACCAGGACUGUAUGAGCUGAGUCAGCACAUGAAGCUGAAGCUGCAGUUCACAGCUUCAGUUUCCAACCCUCCUCCAGAUGCUCGGCCUUUGUCACGUAAGAAUAGCCCAUCCAGCCCCGCAGUCCGAGACCUGCUAGACCGCCACCAAGCGAGUCUGGGCCGAUCGCAGUCCUUCUCCCACCAGCAGCCUUCGCGAUCCCACAUCAUGAGGACGGGCAGUGCUAUGGAGCGUCGCGCCAUCACCCCUCCAGUCGGCUCUCCGGUCGGUCGCCCACUCUACCUUCCACCGCAGGACAGGACGCUGCUGUCGCUGGACAAGAUCGCAAAGAGGGAGUGUAAAGUACUGGUGGUGGAUCCCAUCAGCUAGGAGGCACGAAGACGAGAAGGGUAGGAGGCUAGGAGGAAGGCUAGGAGAUUGAAUGUGAAGUGGUAAAGACCCGUUUCACUGCCUCGUCUCAAAUGAUGUUCCAGCAGCGAAGAAGAGCUUAUUAGACGUUUACGUUAAAGUUACAAAAGGCACAAUACCAGAGAGCCACCAACAUGGUGUCAGAAGUGCGUGUUGCUGACUGAAGAUUAGCCUAAACCAAGCUAGCAGACAUCGACAUGUGCGAGCAUGGAGCAAUUCAAGACACCAAGACCUCACUGGCAAUCUCGCUGAGACAUGGCGCAAAUGGGAACAGAGAUUCAGGCUGUACAUGGUCACAGCAGGUGCAUCGGACAAAGAAGAAAGAGUCAAAAUGUUCAGAAGGAGGAGGAAAGCUAGGAGUUGAGGAGAGGGACGGCCCGGAGGCUAGGAAAGGGAGGUUAGGAGGCUAGGAAGGCAAGGCUAGGAGGUUAGGAGGUAAGGAUGGACAAGGAAUCAGUGAGCAUGUGAUCAUGUGAUUGGCUGCUGAAGCUUUGGUGCCACAAUCGUGUUACUGUAGGAUUUUUAAUGAUGAGUUCCUUUUUUUCUAACCUUUAAACUUUUAAUCACAUGCUCCUGAACAAACCAGUCAGUCAAUGUUAGAACGGAACCACCAGUAAGUUCACUGUGAGGGUUUCGCACAGUGUCAGUUACUAAGUCUUCGGCAGUACCUGCAUUUUAGUGUCUCCCCCACUUUCAUGUUUCAAGUCAAUAAAACCUAAAUGUUUACUCAAAAUAAUGUAUAACAAUUUUCAUGUAGCAGCUUCACUAACAAUUAACUGCCUGGACUUAAAGCUGUUAAGCUCUGGUGCAGCAGCCUUGAGUUUGAGUGAGUUUGAACUUAAAUCUAUUUACACUGAUCAUUUAUUAGGAUUUAUUUCACUUUUGUUUAAAGAGUUUAAAACUUGAACAUUGUUUGCUUUAACGGUGUGACGAUCACAAACAGCUGCUUGUUCUCAAUGGUUGCUCCUGAUGAGUCUAAAUGGCGACGCUGUUGUCGAUGUGUGUGGGGCUGAGGUACGGAUACGGCAGCUCCAGGUGGCUGUUGCGUUUGGCGAUGUCACUGGAAAUGGCGUCAAGUUCAGCCUGCACCUCCUGCAGCAGCCUGCGAUGGACGUCGUUCCCGAAGACAGGCUCUCUGUAGUGACACAGGGGAACCUGUAGAGGGAGACAAAGAGCGUCCGUCAAAACAAUGACAGGGACAUCAGUUGCCCCAUGUGGACGAGCUGCAUCGCUGUGAGGCCCGUUCGUGUUCGUUUGUGGAGGACAAUGUCAAAAACUUACAAAGUCGACGGCAGGUUGAGACAGCAGCGACAGCGACGCCAGGACCCGACAGCUGACGUUCACAUCUGGCAGGAAAGAUGUGAUGUCGUCCUCUGUCACUGAGCCUUUGACCUGCGGAGGAGGCCGCAACAUGGACAUGGGACAGUUUGGAAGCCAGAGGGCGAAGUCCAGCUGAGGGACACGAAGAGAGACAGAAGAACAAUGGAGGUCAAAGGUCAACUUGGUGCUGUUUCGCUGUGACUUGUGUUACUCACCUGAGAGAAGUUAACAGCAGCAUGUAGAGCUGAACAGCUGAAGAUGACCAUGGUCACGAACUUGGUCACUUCAGCUUUGGUGUGGAAAACCUGAGGGAAACCUGAAAAACGAGGUCAGGCUUUACAUUCCAGCCGACUACGAGUGCAAAGCGCCACCAGGCCGUGGACGGAAGACACACCUGUGCUGUGCACGAAGCCAUGUGCGUGGAGCUCAGCGAUCCACUGCUGAAGCUCCGAGUCCUGCUGCACCACAUCAUCUCCGCUGUAGUAGAGAUCGACCCAGCGAAGCGCGAACCUGCCACGCACCCAAAGUAACACACUAAUACAAGCCACACAAAGUGUCGUCGACCCAGUGGCUGCUGGUUGCAAUCAAUUCAUGUUAGAGAAUGGUGAAAAUCUGUCCUGAAGUCACAGCGUUUUAACCUGUGCAGCGCGGUCCACACCCUCAGAGCGUCCUGGCUGUAGUAGCUCUGUGGCAGUUUAUCCACACCACGGUCCCUCACAUCAUCAGGGACACACAUGGACCGAUAGGAAAUCCUCCGAGACGACCGUGACAGAAGAACAGGCAGCGCCUCCAGCCCACAGCCGACGGCCUAGGGACCAGAGCAGUGCUUUCAUCAGCCUGCGAGCAGGUCCACAGGAGGUUUGGAACCACUUCACAAGUGUGACCAGUCUGUCCUGUACCUUGUCAAACACCCCGUUAGGAGCCAGCAGCGAGGCUCGGGCCCCGUGGUUGAUCUGCAGCGACGUCCUGACGUGUGGCAUCAGCAGCUGCUCAACAGCAGCCAAUCAGAUCACAGAAGAAACAAGAGUCAUUGGUCUGUGGUUUGUUGAAUGUCCGACUGAGAAGCAACAAAUACCAAAGGACACGACACGACGCCUCACACGUUCUGGUACCUGGUGCAGCGGGUGAACCGGGGGCAGCUGUCGCAGCGUGGCCACGCAGACCAGCUCUGCCAUCAUGUGGGUCCUCAGGUAGUGGGAUACCAGCUGGUGACACUGGAAAUCUGCGCCAUGAACCCACAUCUUGGCCAGAAGCCAAUCACAGCCGCUGUCAGAGGGCAGGAAGACCGGAUUCUGAGGGCCAGGUGUCUGCUGCAGCUGGAAAAGAGGAUUUGCUGGAAUAGAACUUGGCCUGCGUGGCCCCGGGCCGUUACCGGGUCACACCACUGGAGCUCACCUGGAUGGCGAUGGGCACAAGCUGUCCUUGUUGGUUCAGGUGGAGAAGACACAGCGGGGCAGACAAAUACGACUGCUUUCCAUUGAUCACGUUGGCUGGGAUCCCGUCCAGAACCUCGUAGUCCAACAAGUAAAGGUUUCCUUUCUGUCACAGGAGAGAACAUCAACCUACAGCAUUCGGAACCAGAGACAGCUGAGGUCAGGACGACAUGUAAACCUGCAGCUCCAGAUCGAUGGAGGAGCCUUCAGGCAGGAAGGGUCGGAGAAGGUCCGAGGUGACAGGCAGGUUCGGAGGCAGAGCGUGGAUUUGACGCAGCAGCAGAGGGUUACAGCCGUUCAGACACUGGUGACCAAAGUACCAGUCCUCCGUCCAGUGAGCUCUAAUGAACCCUGAGAUUGACAGGACAUCCACCACAUUACCAUUAGUGAGUCUGACCGUAGCCUCCCUGUGGUGCGGCUUCUUACUGGCGAUGCUGUUCUGACGGGAGUUCUGCAAGAAAACCGUCUCAAACUCCUGCAGGCUGGUCCAGGCCUCAGCGCGGCCGUCCAAGCCUUUCAGGUAGUGCGUGUUGGUUGAAGGACUACAGACAAAGACACAAGCGUAGCUCAGACUGGACUCACCCGGAUCAAGCAGUUGUCAGCCACAACACAUGUGCAACUUAACCUCUUGUGUUUGUAGCUGAGGUUCGGUCCGAGGUCAGAAGCGCUGCUCAGGUCGAUGCACUGUGGAGCACCAUCCACAAACUGACGCCACCUGCAAGGAGCGAGUAGGUGCUGAUAUUAGUUGAAAUGUUUGUUUCAGUUUAGUACCACAGGCUCGUUCCGCUUUUUAGAACAUGACCCUGAUAGAUCCCUAACCAGAUGCUUGGUUUAAACUAAAUCUGGGUUUGGUUCCAGGAGACACUUUUUCAGAUGGACUCAAAUUCUUACUAGGAAGCUAGAAAAUACUUUUUUUCACAAAACAAAUGAACCGUUUAAUUUUCUGUAUGUUUAAUGAAUAGAAACAUUUAUUGUUUCACCUGAUGAGCCUCUGUUGAAGCUGCAGCUCUUUGACUCUCUGCUGCUUCAGCUUCUCUUCUGUUUCGUCCUGCAGGAGACAAACUGCAGAGAAGAUGAAUCUCAGAGUUAGUUCAGAACUUGGGAAUCAAGGCCAGUUCUUUUAUAAAACCAUAAGCUCCUGUUACGUUUUCCACUUCGUAGCUCUACGUCACCAUCUGCUGUUUGGAGCCACCUGUCACCCAGAAACACCUGUACGUCUGGAUCCUCAGGCGCCCAUUCUCCGGCGAUCCUGCGGACCUCCACCCUGCUGCAGUGCCAGUUCAGGUUGGGUAGUCCGACCUGAGCCUCCAGCCGAAGCCGGACUAGAACCACGCAACCCAGAGGACCGUUGGCCUGGACCCGGACUGGACACACCUGGAGCAGGAAGACAAGAGCAAACUGAGGUUCAGCAACUGGAUGGACAGCAGCUACCGAUAGUUCCACAGUCGACUUGGUUCCUGCUCCAGUCAUCCAGACUGGGAACUUAAAACAUUGUCUGUAGGUGUCAGUUCAUGACCUACUGUGGUGAAGUAAUUAGGAAAAACUCACAGAUCCACUCAGAAGAUGAUGUUCGCCCUCGUUCACCUCAACAGGUGGAGUCUCUCCCUGUGAGCCAAUCAGGCUGAGCCACAGGCGGUUGAAGGUUCCACAGGUGGGGCCCGGGGAGGUGUGAACAGUCACCUCAAACUCUUGACCAGAAGCCAUUGUGUUGGACGUGAUGCUGACACAACUGCCAAGGAACAGAACUGCCACGGUCAAGGUCAUGUCCCAGGUCUUAAAUUCAAUUCAAUUCAGUUGUAUUUUUAUAGCACUAAAUCACAACAAGAUUAUCUCAAGGCACUUGAAAAACCUUACACAACUAAACCCAACAAAUCCCACAUACAGCAAGCCUUUGGUUGUAAUUAAUUACAAUUUGACAGCAACAGCGGAGAGGAAAAACUCCCUCUCUAAAGAGGAAGAAACCUCGAGCAGAACCAGGCUGGAUGUGGGCGGUCAGAGAGGAAAGAACAACAACAACUUGUUCUUCAACACGGCCUGACACCGGUUCAUUCAGCUUGCUAUCAAAUGCUGCCAAAUGCAGUGGUAACAGUGUCUCUCAAAAUUAAUGAAUGUUUCCAGGAAACACAUCACUUCAGUGUUAGCGCUGAAUGUGCAUUUUAUAUUUGUUUUUUUUCCUGUAUUGUGAUGACACCUCAUUUGCUUACUGCGCUGACAUUUGACUUGGAAAUGAGUGACACCGACAGAGUGGGCGUUGAUACGAUCUCAGAGAAAUAUGAGAAAUAAAAGCAAACACUGA